AUGCCGCGCGAUCGUAGCAACUCGGAGUCGCACAACUCGCGGAUGAUGUCCGGACAGCCCCGCCCUCGUCGUGAUUCCGAGCCGAGCCCUCAACACGGUGACCACGGAAUGAGACAUCUUCUGAAGACCGUCGGCGAUGGCAUCAAAUCGGCUGCCCGCAGCUAUGAUAACUACAACAAGAAUCUCCUCAAGGCCCAGCAGCAAUGG